CGGUUCUUGUUUUGGUCCGCACCUAUACGGUAUGCAACAAAUGGAGUGUGCAAGGCAUGCUGCUCUGAUGGGCACUGCGGAACCGGGCUGUGUUGCAACGGACAGUGCUGCAACAAUGAAUGCUGCCCCGGAACCCCAAGCUGCUGCAACGGCAAGAAAUGCCCGGCUGGAACCAAGUGUUGCAAUGGAGUGUGCAAGGCGUGCCGCUGUGACGGGGACUGCGGAGCUGGGAAGGUCUGCUGCAAUGGACAGUGCUCCAAUGGAGAAUGCUGUCCGGGAACCCCGGGCUGCUGCAACAGCAAGAAAUGCCCGCCUGGUACCAAGUGCUGCAAUGGAGUGUGCAAGGCGUGCUGCUGUGAUGGGGAUUGCGGAGCAGGGAAGGUCUGCUGCAACGGACGGUGCAAAGAUGGAGACUGUUGUCCUGGAACCCGAGGCUGCUGCAACUGUAUGAAAUGCCCCACCGACACUCAAUGCUGCGGCACAGAAUGCGAGGCUUGCUGCUCGGACAGCCAUUGCCCAACCUCGAAGAAGUGCUGCAGUGGAGUGUGUAAGGACUGCUGCGUAGACAAUGAUUGCUGCAAAGUCGGCCUCAACAAGUGCUACGGCGGUUUGUGUUGCAAAAAUUGCUGCACCGAUAGUGAUUGCAGCAGUGGGAAGUGCUGUGUGGGAAUGUGCAAACCACACGGCGGUGGCUGCAGACCAGGGUGGUUUCACGGGGGAUGCAACUAGAUUGUGCACAGCACGAAAUCCCUAAUGCCAGGAAUGAAUUUGAGGAGAUGCAAACGCUUGUGCUUUUUCUCAAGGUUGGACAGUAGUCCUGAGGACCUAGGAUCCUUAAUGAUUGUCACUCCUGGUGAGGCAGCCAAAACUUGCAUGUCAUGCCAUCUGCAGCUCAGAGUCUGCACAAAACGUUGAUGGCGCUUUGUGCCUUGUCUUCUGUCAUUUGUCGGCUCUUUUAAUCAUUUUUACAAUUUGACUAUGAUCCAAUUAAUGCCCAGGAAUCAAUUCCUUAUUAUUCG